AUGUCUGUGCACCAUCAGGGUUUUGUGAUAGCGGCAGUCGUGCAGAGAUCAUUCAGGAAUGAUGUGAUUGUCAUUGACGAUGAAGCCGAGAGCAACAUUGCUGCCGCAGUGCUUUGCGUGAAUGUUGCGACGCACACAGGUGCUGAGCAGCUCUUUGACUUUCUGCGUCGGCGUGAAGUGUGUGGAGCAGUGGAUGUGCGAUUACGGCCCACUCGUGCCGCUGCGGCGUUGCGCCGUUUCGCAGUUUCACAGGGCCUUGACUGGGAGUGGCGGCCAGCGCUGGCUGCAACAGGAUCAACAGGGGCUGAGGCAGCAGAGCGUGCCGCAGUUUUGGUACGCCUGGCCAAAGCUGCGUGGACAAAAAACCCGAACGGAGGCAGGAAUAAAUUGCCCUGCGUGUUGUUUGAGGGUGAGGAUUGGCACAACUGCACUGCACGGAGGAGACUUGCCGACGAAUUGCGCCAAAGAGGUGUGGCUUUGCGGCAUGCCGGCAACACGCCGGAAGAGGACGAGCAGCCCUUGGAAGUGCCGAAGGAGCUCGUGGAAGCAGCUGCAAAGGCUGCCAAAGAUGCGGAAGCUGCCGCAGUGCCGCCAAUCCGCGAGCCUGAACCUCCACCGCUUUCAGACCCUCCGUCAGCUUCACAGGCCGCCCGCCCGGCCACGUGCCGUGGCCGGGCAAGCCGCAAACGCGGUGCAAGCGGGCCUGCCACUGUGUUCGAGGCCUUGGAGGAGGCCGCGGAGCUCUUUGUUGGUCUCCGGCAUGCAAGAGCCGAGCGACUCAUGGUGGACAGGAAGCUCUGCAACACGGCAACGGCGUUUCGCCUGUUUUACAUUAGCACUCACACGCUAGCAACAGCAGCUUUCACGGCUUGCCGUCUCACCCUUGGUGCCUGCAUGGGCCUGGCUGCGCAAGAAAUGGCAGCGGAGGAGCAAUGCGUUCGGUCCUUCCUGUCAGGCGAUCUGCUCUUCGGAAGCUCUUUCUGGCGCUCGCUGCAGCAGGCAGGCCUCUCCAUGCUGGUGUACCAGCGGCUCAGGCGGGCGAUCCGCAUGAGCAGGCUUGUCGACGAGCAGCUCGAGAGGUGGACGAAGAAGGGGCCGGCCAAGGAGCCAGUGGUGGAAUGCGAGGUUCCGGUCGAGCAUGGCGCGACAGGGCAGGAUGUCGAUCUAGAUGUUGUGGAGGUCCCCGUGGGCCUUGCUUUUGAGUGCGAGCGAAUUAGGCAGCAGCUGCGCCAAAAGUUCGGCUGCGAGUCUGAUGCGGAGGUGGUCGAGGCGCUUCUGGGCCACUUCAAGGAGCGCGAGGGCAUGGUCCCCGAGGAGGAGGAGGCUUUGCUGCAGCUGCCUUGGAUAGACGUUGCUGCUCUGGCACAGCUCACGUAUUGGUACGACCGGCGGCCACGGGAAACCGAGGAGGUUCAGGACGUUCCCAAGGAGGCGAGCUAG